AUGCUUAGAGAUGUUUUGAAAAACAAACCUAAUGUAGACGUGGUGAAACUUCAAAAGUCUGGUGGUGUUGUCUCUAGAAAUGCAAAAGUUCGUCAGAAGGCCAGAGCAUACAGAAUACGUGAAUACUUUUAUGGCAUCGCGAAAGAUCUUUCCCCUCAUUCCAACACUGCAAACUUCAGUGAUUUGUGCAUCUACCGAGUCGGUGGGGGCCCAGCGGCCCCACGAUCUGCUCUGCCAGCAGGCGCUGAACCGACUGCUGACCCGACAAGAGUGAUCCCUGUCAAUGUUAACCAAGACUUGCAGCAUCUAGUGCUAGCUGUAUCCUUUGCUAAAGAACCCGAUGAAAUAGUCUCCAGUAAUGUUGCUGGGUUCAUCUGGAUCACUGGCAUUAACUUCGAAAGCAAGACAGUUACGUACCUUGCGCCAUCUGCUGGAAGUCUUCCGGGUAAAUAUUUGAUCGUGGGGAAUCUGACUUGGGUUGAAACUUGA